AUGCGUGACCGUCGUCUCUUGCUGAAGAAAGAUGCGGAGACGGACGCCACCGAGGUGAGCAUGCCGGCGGAGUCGGUGCAGGAGCGGUAUCAGCGUGCCAAGAAGCGCCAGGCCAAGGACACGCGACGUGGCGUUCUUAGCUACCUACUCUUUAUUCUUGUGUUUCUCGGCAUUCCACUCCUCAUCGUGGCGCACUACACGCCCUUCUUCGUGUUUCAAAGCCUGCGCUGUCAUCUGCAAGAGCAGUACAUCUGGUCAGACAGGACCGUGCAGGCCAUGGAGGACGGUUACACUCGCUACUUCAACGAGCCGCCGCUCUACCCGUCUAGGGAGUACAACCGCACGAUGAUGUGGGGCACCUACGAACCGAGCCGCAUCUUUGCCGUCAAGAGCCGCUCUCUACAGCCAGUCACUGUGGGGAUUGCGUGGUAUGACUCGGCCAUGGAGCAUCCUCUGCGCCACACGAUGCCGUACUUGCACAACAAGGUGAACGCCCCGCGCACGACGCAGAAGAAGGACAGUGACCCUGAGGUCAUGCAGGUGAUGUGGACCGUGAACGAUGGACUGCACUACGCCAAGGAGGUGGUGGAGGACCGAGGAAACAAGGUUUCUCUCGAGAUUGAGUUGCUCAAGAGCCCGUUUGCAGAUGCCUGGCACGUGCGCAUCCACGGUCGCGUUGAAGGCAACUCGCCGCUGGUUAUGGUAGUGUACAUGUCGCACGCGGACAUACAGGAGCGUAUAGAGCUAGAGGCGCCUACUGAACGCAACGACGGCGACUGGAGCCCGGUGCUGAAGAGCCGCAUGCAGUCAGAGGGGGAGGCAGAACACACCGACUUUACGCUCCGCGUCUAUGAUGACCAUAGCCCCCUCUACGAUACCGCCCCAUGGCACGUUUAUGGUCUUCACACCGACGUCGAGAAGGCCUUUCAGCGCACGGCAGUGGACGCGGUUGGUGCCACGCCUGCAGAGCGUGCUGCGGCUGGAGGCAGAGGCAUUGGUGGCGGCGCCCACGUUGGCGAGCUUCAGCAGCAACAGCUGGAUCUUCGGCGGCUGCCUGAAUCUGUUUUCACCUACAUCCAGUCGAAGGACCCGCAGUCGUUUCAGACACCGUCGUCAUGGAUGUCGCACAACAUCAUGAUUUUGCGCAAGGCGUACGACUCAAGCUUCCGCCUCCAGCUGUCGUUGAGCCCUGUUGACCAUGCCCAAAGCAAUGCGGCUCUGGAGGCGUCGACCACGCAUAGGGUCGGAAACCUUGUCCCACGCUACGAGGCGCUCAGCACGUGUCAGCUGACCAAUGCGCUUCGGUGGAGGUCCAAAGCGAUCAGUCUGCACUCCGCCAAGAUCUUCCGCCCAUGGCUCACGGUGUUCAACAGCACCCAGGGCCUCUACGAGCGCAUUGCCACAAGUGCAUUGGCGGAGUUGUUUGGAUCACUAACCUUCACUAGGGGUCACUACCUGCAUGUAUCCGCCGACGUGGACGACGCCUGGGAUCAGCAAGGGCGGGCCGCGGAGCUGUGGAGCGACAAGCAACUGCAGGCGUCACGGCAGCGUGUCAGCGCGCUCGCUGCUAUCGGCUCGCGCACCGACGAAGCGUAUGGCCAGCCGUCAUUGACAGGGCUGCUACUCUUGUUUCUCACACGGUGGAAUAAGGAGAUGGCGAAGGAUAUUUUCGCCUCAUGGCUGCUCGGUGCGCAGGACCCAGAGACGGGCUUCGUGCCUAACCGCGCCGUCUUCAGUGCCGAGACGCGCUCCUUUACACCACGGGCGCUGCGCUACGAGCAUCCCACCAUGGCUUCCCCACCAACGCUGCUCUUGGGGCUGGAAGAGUUGCUGAAGGAGAUGAGUCGCAAGUCGGCGCGACUCGCAUCGGCGAACCGUCGCAAGACACGUAACACCCCUGAGUACUUCGAGAGGGAAAGGGCUGCUGACAUGGCAUUUCUGCGCACCAUUUUGCCCGCACUGAAGCGCUGGCGCACGUGGUGGCACCGCACGCAAUGCGGAGGCGCCACGGACGAGCUGGCCCGACACUGUCGCUCUCGCAGGCCUCUGGAGGAGUGGCCACUGCAGCCGACGGAGGACCAGCCGGAAAGCCUGCUGGUAUACCGCUGGCGUGGCCGGGAUAGACAUUGGUUGCCAACAAGCGGCAUGGAGGACUACCCGCGGCCCAUCUGUGCUGGCGAGCAUCACCGCGAGGCGCACGUGGAUGCUUUUUCAUGGGUUGCGCUGCUGAGCACAUUGAUCAGCCGAAUCGAGACUGAGUUCUUGCAUGAAACGGAGAGUGUUCGUCUUGACUGGGAGGCUCACCUGAACGCUGUGCAUUGGAAUGCCACAGAGAUGCGCUACGGCGACCGCAUUGGGUGCAGCAGCUGGACGCAUACUCCGUACUUUGGCUACGCAAACCUGUACCCUGUGAUGCUUGGCGUGGUACAUCGAGACCUCUCCAGGGCAGCGCGCACCAUUGCGCUAGCUCAGCAGGAGCUGGAGAGCGACUACGGGCUGAUGUCCGUGUCGUUCUCAUCGGUGCGUCUUGCGCGUGAAUCGGGGCUGCCACACCAUAACAUGUGGAUGGGGUACGUGUGGCCCUCUGCCAACCUGCUUUUCCUCUACGGUGUUAAGUCCCACUAUUUGGAGGUGCUGGACAGCACCAGCUCCGCGGCCGGCGGCUUGGCAGAGACGCAGCUGCACCACUUCUACACGAGGCUUCGAGUGAACAUGAUAGAGGCGAUUCGCGGAGGGUCGCGUUGGUGGGAGUACUACAGUCCCCUUGACGGACGGGGGGAGGGCAGCAAGACGCACGUUGCAACGCACAGUCUGUUGCUUGGCCUGCUGGACAACUUUGCGUAA